UGAACCGGAAGCAGUCGGCGGCUAUCGGAAGUAAUAGCGGGACGCGGGAUUCUGCUGGCGCUGCAGCUACAGAAUGGCCGGCGGUGGCGGGAAACGCAGGCCCGGCGGGGAGGGGCAGCAGUGUGAAAAAACAGUUGAUGUGAAGAAAAGUAAAUCCUGUGAAGCUGAUGUCUCCAGUGAUCUUCGGAAAGAAAUAGAAAAUCAUUAUAAGCUUUCUUUGCCUGAAGACUUCUAUCACUUCUGGAAGUUCUGUGAAGAACUUGAUCCUGAAAACCCAGCUGAUUCACUUUCCACAAGCCUUGGACUUCGAUUAGUGGGUCCUUAUGAUAUCCUUGCCGGAAAACAUAAAAUGAAGAAAAAAUCAUCAAGCCUGAAUUUUAACCUUCACUGGAGAUUUUACUAUGAUCCUCCUGAGUUCCAGACCAUUGUUAUUGGAGAUAAUAAAACUCAAUUCCACAUGGGGUAUUUCAGGGAUUCUCCUGAUGAACUUCCUGUAUAUGUUGGUACAAAUGAAGCAAAGAAAAACUGCACUAUUGUUCAAAAUGGAGAUAAUGUGUUUGCCGCAGUCAAAUUAUUUCUGAUGAAAAAGCUUAAGGAAGUAACAGAUAAAAAGAAAACUAGUCUCUUGAAAAACAUAGAUGAAAAACUCACAGAAGCAGCCAGAGAACUUGGGUACUCACUGGAACAGAGAACCAUGAAGAUGAAACAGAGAGAUAAGAAAGUCGUGACAAAGACCUUUCAUGGUGCAGGCUUGGUUGUCCCAGUAGAUAAAAAUGAUGUUGGGUACAGAGAGCUCCCUGAAACAGAUGCCGACCUCAAGAGAAUUUGCAAGACAAUUGUUGAGGCACCAAGUGAUGAGGACAGACUAAGAGCUUUUGCUCCCAUUCAGGAAAUGAUGACUUUUGUGCAGUUUGCUAAUGAUGAAUGUGAUUAUGGUAUGGGGCUUGAGCUGGGAAUGGAUCUCUUUUGUUAUGGCUCACACUAUUUUCAUAAAGUUGCUGGCCAGCUUUUACCUCUUGCAUAUAAUCUGUUGAAGAGGAAUCUCUUUGCAGAAAUUAUUGAAGAUCAUUUGGCAAACAGAAGUAAAGAAAACAUAGACCAACUUUCAGCAUGAAUGAGUUGGCUUUCUUUCGAUCAAUGGCAGUCAGUCAUCUAAAUGGUGAUGCCCUAAUCACAUCUGAAAAACAACUGAAGUCCUCCUCUGACGUGUCACAGGAAGUCAAAGUCUACUGCCUGUGGAUACCAGACCUCUCAUCAGGGAGUCCUGUUUUCAAUACUGAACAUACGGACAACUAAAAAUUUCCUCCUCAGACUUGAAUUAAUAAUGGCUAUAGCUUUAGGCCUGGAUUUAUGGGCGAUGGGGAGGGGAUAAGGGGAAGUAAACUUGGUAAGUGCCUGACCCCAGAGGUACCAAAGCUGCAUUUUAACAGUAUCUCCAAGGGGAUAUAUAUGUGGUCCGGGUACCUAUUAGGUAUAUUCUUUAAAACAGUUCUUUGACUCAGAGUAUUUACUAAUCUAUGUAGUACAGAAUAUUGAUACACAGUAUAGUAUAUGAGCUAAAGAUCUAAAUCUUUAAUUUAGAUUUUAAAGUUUACUACUGCAAAUUAUAUCACUGGAUUUCUAGUACAGAUCUGUGAUUACAGCUGUGUUUUACCAGAUCCAUACCCUCCUCAAGUCUGACAAAAUGUCCUUCGCCUUAAAAAUAAGAGCACAAACCAUGAAAUAUAAAAUAGCCAACUCUG